GCCUGUGGGGGGAUGUCUUGGGGACUGCCAGGCUGUCGUCGUGGAGACCAGAGGCCACAGGUGACCUCUGACCCGAGAAGUCGCGGAGCGUUGCAGAAGGAGUCCUUUGACUGCCGUGGUUAUGGGCGUAUGCUGACGCAAGAGCAAGCGCACAUCAGAGAGACAAGUGCAGGCUGUUGUUGGAGACUGCGCGCUAACCAUUCCUGUAAUUUAGGAUUGGAGGUGAUGGCGGGGUGAUGCUGCUGUCUCUGCUGCUGUGAGAUUGCGCUCGUCACUGCAUGGCAAUCACCCAGACAGCUUAAGUGCUGUUUAGGCUUCAAGUCGCCACAUAAAAACACAUUCCUCCAUGUGAUCACCCAGGAGAUAAAAUUCUGCAAUCAGAGCUUUAACAUCUGUGUCUGUGACACCAGAUUGCUUUCAUGUAGUUUGUUUUUUGUGUGUGUGCAGAAACUUGUUACGCCAAUCAGUAAAGAGAAGUAAUAAUUUGAUAACUAUUUGAAGAAUCUGCAGAGCAAAUAUAACGAUCUCUCUUUUGUGUCAGUGUAAAACUAAUACCUUGGCUGUCACACUGUAUAUUGAUUUAAGCUCAAAUAAUCCCAAAUGAUCAUGUCCUCUCGAUCUAUUAAAGAAAAAAAAGGCUGUGACACUAUUUAUAGGCACAUUGUACACUCUAGAAUAUUAAAUCUAAGCUCUAUUCGGGAGAUUGUUGGAUUUUUUUUUAGGGCUUUUUAUUUAUUUAUUUUGACACAGUCAGUCUUUGGUGCUCUUCUCUCAGCAGAAUCAGCCAAACAGCUGAUGAGAGCUCCUCGUUCAGCUGUUUGAGCUCUGGGGGACUGAUGCUCCCCCCCCGGUGAGUGUGCGUUUGUGAGUGUGCCUCUGUGUCUGUCUCCCUAAACCACAAGCAGCUGAUGAAACACAUAUUCUGCUGACUAUUUGGUGAGCGUAGUAAAGAUUAGAGGAUCCAGAUUGUGGUCCAUCAAUCAGACUGAUGUUUAGUGGGCUCUCCCAGCUCUGCACUCUCAUACUUUGCUUGUUUUAAUGCAGGCACCAAAGGUGCAACUGAAUGUCCUCCCCCCCAAAUGUGCUCCAUACGAUGCAAUAUGCUGUUUAUCUUGAUAUUAUUUUGUGGCACAAAAGUGCACAGAAAGCCAAUCAUGUGUACUACACUCAAGCAGAUGGUGGAAUGGGGAGAGCACAGCAGUAAUGGCACAGUCCUCCUCAUGUGAUAUUUCCCCUCAGGCUAGCCACCUAAUCAAACACUAAUCAGCUCUCCUUCCACUCACUGGUUUUGCUCUGCCUCAGCGUUCCACAGAUUUCCCCUUCCUCCAACCUCUGUUCUCACUUCUCCUGAUCCCGAGCUUAUCCUGUUUCGCUAUUCUCCUUGUGCGUUUUGUGUGCGGUCAUUCCCAAAACUCCAUGUCUGAUUGCUCUAAGGUGAAAGUGUCAUGUUCUUACACUCAACACUCCUCCCCUUCGCUCAUCCCUCUCCCCGUGGCUUGGCCUGAUCUGCACUCAAGGCCGUCUGUCGCUGCAAUUAAAGCCAGGCCAGGUUAAGAAAAUCACUGCAGGACCUGGCCAAGUGUGCAGGGCUGCCAGCCUUUAUUCUGCCACGGUUUGAUUUAAUGCUGUUUAGCUUUCGAACCCACCACAGUCAAGAGUAGUUUCUAUCAGGAACUGUGUAAGUAAUUGGCAGCAAGUUCUGUAUAAUUUCUAACCAGCGUGUUAACCAUGUGAACCACAAUGCUUGCUGCAUUAGCAUGCCCCCUGUUCUCACUCACAGGUUACAAGUGCCCAUACAGAGAACACACCCAAGUUAAUCAUUGGCCCCGAGUGGCAGGUGUUUCCUUAUAGCUGGAGAUUAAUCUUUGGGAGUAUUUUACCGUUCCUGCCACUUCCUCUUAACAGAUUUUGAAACUUAAAUGCAGCAAAGUCACAACUUCGCAAAUUAAACCUGCAGAGCAGUGGUUGUGUCAGUUGGCUAACACUGAUUCCGAUUGUUUAUCUAUGAGGUAACAUGGCUGCUAUGCAGGUUUAAUCCUAAAGUUGUCCAGCGCUAUCUGCCAGAGAUAUUCUGAAAGUCCCCAACUUUCACACUUUCACAUAAGUACUGCAAAGUACAGAACAUCACAGAUUCAUGAUGUAUAACAGUUUUAAGUGUAAGUGUGAGUGAGCAUGGGUGGAUUUGGCAUCAUCGGGAGUUGGCUUGGUGGCCCACACUCAUUUCUGUCAAUCAAAAUCAGUUUAACUGCCAGACUCACUUUUUGACAUUUAAUCCCUGCAAAAGUGUACUUUGCCCAUUAUUUGGUGGUAUAUAACUGACUGCGUGGUUAGCUGACCUCCCAACUGACUGCUUAACAAUUACCUCAUCCUCAUGAGACAGACCGAACCCUUUGACCUUCAGAGGGGAAAGGUCUGAGAGUGUAGGAGGCCGGACAGACCCUUUUGUCUUUAAAUGUCACCAACUCAGAAGGAUGACGUGAAUAGCUCCGCCGCUCACUCUGGCAUCGCCUCAUCCUGGGACUACACACUCAUUUAUGGAACGCAACAUUUUCCCAGCACCUUCUCUCCCCACUGUGACCUGUAAUCAAUGGCAACCUCGGUCCAGACUCUUCCUUUGACUCGUGGCCCCAGCAAAAACUUCCGCGACCCCUGCCCAGCCCCGCCCCUGUCCCCGCGUUGCGGCAUGGGAAGUGUAGGCAGUCUGGUGGAGAGGCCGGAUGUUUCUCCGACUAAAGGCAACCGAGCAGUGCCCCAGGUGAGACCGAAACACAGCAACGGGCUCUUGAAGAAAGGCUUCACCCAGAGAGAGCUGCUCAACUACCUCAACAUCAACAGAAAAGAGCCUAAAGCGAGCCCGAGCAACGACGGCAAGAAGGAUAUUAUCCCGGGCCUCAGCGCUGUCAGUGCACGGGAGGAGGAUAACGUUUAUGCUAAGGUUUACCAUAAGGAUGGCACUGAGGUAGAUCUUACAAAGAACUCACUGCCAAGCGCGGGCAAGUACGAAAAGGCACGUUUGAGGUCUUCGGCCUUUAAGCCUGUGACCCCCAAGAAUUUUAGCUCAAUGCAAAACCUCUACCCGUCUUCCAAAUCAGAGGACGUGGAUCAUGGCCUCUCUAACGGCUUGCACAGAGCGUACGCCCAUGUUCCCAAAGCCGUCUCCACCUCGUCUUCUUCUUCCUCACCGUCACGUCACGGAGGACCGACGUCAGCCGGCAACAAGGCGCUCUCCUCGGUGUGUGGGAUGGGCCAGGAAGAUGACAACCUGUCAGACUCGGGCCAUAACUCCAUGAGCAGCCUGCCGCCGUACCGACCUCCCUUCCGCCCACACCUGUCUCACAUCAGUGCAUCUAUGGGCCACAUCAAUACCAUCGGCUCCCUGGACCGCACCUCUCUGGGAAUGAAGGCUGUGGGCUCAGGGGGCGUGCCUAUUGGGGAGAUGGCAUGUCGAAGCAUGGCUACUCUGAGCCGUAUUGCUCCAUAUAGCGCGGAGGCUCCACCUCCUUAUGAAUGGACGCUCUCCCUGUCUGUGGAGGAGGUGGUGCGGGAUCUGGAGGAGCGCCUGGUGGAGAAAGAGCAUGAACUCAAGCAAAUGAAGAGAAACCUGGAUGAGAGCGAGGGCGCCAUCGCACAGGUGUUUGAAGGGAAGCAGCGUCUGUGGGAGAAGGAGGUGGAGGAGCUGAAGCGCCUGUAUGCUGUUAAGCUGCGUCAGGUUUCCCAGCAUGCCCAGCGUUCCCAGCGCAGCCUGCAGUUGCAGCUGUUUAAGGUCCAGCAGGAGAAGAACCGGCUGCAAGAAGAGCUCGACGGUAUGAGAAAGGAAAUGUGCCGGGAGGCUGGAGCAGUGCCCAGGCAAACCAGUCCGACUCUGGAGGAGACACAAUGGGAGGUUUGCCAGAAGUCGGGGGAGAUCUCCUUGUUGAAGCAGCAGCUGAGGGACUCCCAAGCAGAGGUAACUCAGAAGCUGAGUGAGAUCUUCCAGGUGAAGACAGAGCUCAGGGAGACGCGAACAGAGCUGCGCAACAGGGAACGCCAGAUAGAUGCUUUAAAGCUUGUCCUGCAGGGGACACAGCGUCACAGACGACCUUCUCAGGCCGCACACGAAGACGAAAAAGAAGCUGAAGAGAAUCCAUCUGCUCGGGCGAUAGGAGGGUGCGGGGGCCCCACAGAGGAGCGUCUGCGCGCAGAACUGCUGCUGGAGCGACGCCAGAGCGAGGCCCAGGCCAUGGCUUUCGAGGAAGAGAGGCACACGUGGCAGAUGGAAAAGGACAAGGUCAUCCGCUACCAGAAGGAGCUGCAGGCCAGCUACUUAGACAUGUACCACCGCAACGAAGCGCUCGAAAGGGAAGUGCAACAGCUGAGGGCAAGCAGAGAGCAACAAGGUGGAGGAGCAGGCGGAGGAAGCAGAGAUGGCACUUUGGAAAAAGAAGCGCCAGAGCUUAGGAAAGAGAGAGGAGGUGACAAACAAGAGGACACACCUUCCCCUGGUCUGCCGUGGAUAGAGCGGAUCGAAUCAUCGGAAAUUUGACUGUGACCUACUUGUUUGCAAUGCAAAGUGUGUCUAUGGAAGACCAUAUCUGCCAGGACAAGGGGAAAAAAAUCUAAUGAAUUGAUGUUGCUGUAAAGAAUUGUGAGAUAACAAGCAAAUAUUUAAUAAUAAUAAUGAUAAUGAUAAUAAUAAUAAAAACUAAAAGACUUGUGUCAAAAUAAAGGAUAAAUGAUUAAGAAUUUUGAUUUAACAAGUCAAAACUGUAAAAUUAUUAGUCAGAUUUUAUACUUUGUGUGUGUAAUCCAAUUCUUGACUUGAACCGUAAGUCCAAAAACAUGUGAUACCAAACAUUCAGUCCAAAAACAAGCAUCAUACGCUAUUCCAAGUGAUGACCAUAAAAAAGACAAAAAUAGGUCAAACUUUAAUGUGCUACAUUUUUUUAAUUAUCACAUCAAACUUUAUAUCUAUUAUCCCAAAUUAAGUAAGUGAACCUGGACUUACUGAAGAGUAUUUAUUUUUAGCAUAAUUAGCUUUUCUUUGAUUUUGUCUUCUUUUCAUGGUACAGAAGGACUUCCACAGACUGCUCACUCUUCUUCCAUCUCUUCCACUCCACCCUUGUUUAAUUAAAACCCUUUUCCUGCUAAAGUUGGACCCCCAACCUCACACAGAGCCAAGUGAUAUUGAGGUUCCUCUAUCCUUGUUGCAUUAACGCUGUAAAAAGAAAAAAUACAGCCAAGCACCUAAACGGUCCAACUUAAGACUUCUUUUUAUUGAUAAACCUGUAAAUGAGAAAAUUGACAUGAUGAUUGUGACUGCUUUGUGUUGAUUUGGGUUGAGCCUGACCGAUUAUACCAGGGGUCCCCAAUCCCAGUCCACGAGGGCCCUGCAGGUUUUAGAUGUGUCCGCGAUCCAUCACAGCUGAUUACAUGGAUAAAUUACCUCCUCAACAUGUACCGAAGUU